AUUCGAACUGUACUAGAACCCAAACCACUUUUCCUGGUAUCCAGACAGCCUUUAUCUGUCGAAAAACAGGUCGCAAUAGCUCUGUAUAAAUUAGCAAGUUGUGCCGAGUACAGAGUCGUUGGUGAUGUGAUGGGUGUUCACAAAUCGACAGUUCGAAAGUGCUUAUUUAGAGUGACCAUGGCCAUCAACAAUGUCAUGGUACAAGAAAACAUAUUUAUGCCUUCUGAAGAUGAAGCCCAGUUCAUAUCUCUCCAAUUUAAAAAAAGAAGCUUUAUUCCACAAUUGAUUGGGUGUAUUGACGGAACACACAUCCCAAUUACCGCACCACAUGAAGGUUAUCGAGACUUUGUGAAUAGGAAAGGAUGGACAUCAUAUAAUGUAAUGGCUGUUGUCGACCACAAUGGAAGGUUCAGAAAUGUUGUAAUAAAACAUCCUGGGAGUGUGCACGAUGCUGCCGUAUUCAAGGAUAGUAGCAUAUACAAGAAUGCACAGACCAUUAUUCCUCAGACAUCUAAAAACAUCGAUGGUGUGGAUAUACCGUACAUGAUUGUAGGUGACCCAGCUUAUCCUAUGUUAUCGUGGCUCAUCAAAGGCUAUUCAGGCACGUUAUCAGCAGAAGAAGAGUCUUUUAAUGUGUAUUUGAACUCUGCACGAGUUUCAGUGGAAAUGGCAUUCGGUCGGUUAAAAGCUAGAUGGAGAAUUUUAUGCAAAAAAAUGGAUUGUGCUUAUACGUUUUGUCCACAAAUCAUUCUUGCUUGUUGCACGUUGCACAAUUUUGUAGAAAGUCACAAGGAACGGUUUUUUCCUGAAUGGUUAGACGAAGUGUCCAACAGUGAUCAGUUGUUUCCUCAACCAAUAGCUGUACAAAAUCGUAAUAGAGAUUGCGUACCUGGUAUAGCAGUGAGAAACCACUUAAAACAAUAUUUGGCAGCCAGUUAUCCUCUGCGGAAAGCUCUCAUCCGAUAGUGGGUAGCAGUGGAUAUCAAUAUUAUUUUCAUGUGUAUAUUCGAAUUAAAUAAUAUAGUUUUGACAUUUUUUAAUACCUUUUAUUUCUUUAAUUUGUACAUCUUUUUGUAUGCAACAUUAUUACAGCUUUUAUAUGUGUACAGUACACCACAUAUUUUAUAAUAAAAUAUUCGAAGUUUGUCUCAUAAACCUACCACUAAUUCACAGUUAUAGUAAUUAUCAUAAUUAAUAUCGCAUUUUGAGAUCAAUGGAAAAAUAUUUAU